UGAAAAAGGUGCGGGAAGGACAAUUACAAUAUACAAUCUAUAAUACAAGUCUUGAUCAAAAUGAUAUUUUGAGUUUGAGAGAAAAUGAAUUACAUAUUUCUAAUCCAACGAUCGAGUUGUACCGUCAAAAUAAUUGUUUUUCUUUUAUAAUCAAUCCGCAAACCCAUGAACUAAGAAAAAUAGCAUUAUUUGAAAACAAUAAAUGCUUUAUUGCCCUAUGGAAUUUGAAUCAAAAUCGACUCGAAAUUUAUUAUGAAACAUUGAGAAGAAGAUUGCAUGAUCCAAUUCAAUUAGAAGAAACAUCACAUCAAAAACCUAAAACUUUAUAUCCGGAAGAGCAAUUUCUUAUAGCUGUAAACGAGCCAAAGGGCAUGUUUGGCAUAUAUCAAACUAGAAGAGGAGUG